AUGAAUGCAAUUGGAGAACAUGAUGAUGAAACAAAUCAACAUAUGCCAGGUACAGAAUAUAGGGUAGAAGAACUUAUGAAGGGGCUACAAAAUAUUGACGAGUGGAAAGAAUUUUUACUAUCUGUACAAAUGUUUCAUCAUAUCGAGGAUGUACAACGCUACGAUAUUGCUUGUCAGGUGACAUAUGUUGAAUUCAAUCACGAACAAGAAAUUAUUAUACAAGGUAGUGCGAUAGUACAUCAAAAAGCAUUGCAUGAUAAAUCAGUUAUCGAAUUAUCAAAAAUUGGUAAAGAAGAUUAUUUUGGUGGUAAAUCUUUAUUAUUCAACCAAAAACAUGUUGCUACAGUCAAAGCAAAUGAUAUACCCAUGGGAUAA